CUCCGUCAUCGUCUUCGUCAUCAUCAUCAAGCAAUACCUACCGGGGUAUUACUCUCUGUAACUCUUCAAUCUCCAUCUCUUUAUUCCUUCCAUGGCGCAUGAUAGCGACCUUCCUUGUGACGGAGAUGGCAGUUGCAUGAUCUGCAAAAUCAACCCACCUGUAGAAGAGACGCUUACCUGCAAGACCUGCGUCACUCCUUGGCAUCUUAACUGUCUUUCUGCUCGUCCACAAACCCUAGCCGAUGCUGCCCAAUGGGAGUGUCCCGACUGUUCCAAUCUCCUUUCCUCUCAUCCGCCUCCGUCCACCGUCACAUCUGGAUCUGAACCGUCUGCUACGCUGAUUGCCGCUAUCCGGGCCAUUGAGACUGAUGCCUCACUCUCAGACAAAGAGAAGGCUAAGAGACGCCAGCAACUCUUGAGCGGAGGAGGAUCUGGUGAUGAUGAUAAACCAACCGAUGACAAAAAAGAGAUCGCCGGCGGCGGUGGUAACGACGUCCUGAAGCUUCUCAGUGGCAGCUUUAACUGCUCCUUUUGCAUGCAGCUCCCGGAGAGACCCGUCACGACACCCUGUGGUCAUAACUUUUGCCUGAAGUGCUUUGAGAAAUGGGUAGGCCAAGGGAAGCGUACCUGUGCCAUAUGUCGAACUUCAAUUCCUCCUAAAAUGGCUAGUCAGCCUCGAAUCAACUCAUCCCUUGUUAUUGCAAUUAGAAUGGCGAAGAUGACCAGGUCAAAUGCUGCUUCAGGACCUCCUAAAGCUUACUUUUCUGUUCUAAACCAAAACAGACCAGACAAAGCAUAUACCACGGAGCGGGCAAAGAAGCCUGGAAAGGCUAAUGCAUGCAGUGGAAAGAUAUUUGUCACAGUUCCGCCUGACCAUUUUGGACCCAUUCUUGCAGAGAAUGAUCCAGAUAGAGGAAUGGGAGUUCUGGUUGGGGAAACUUGGGAGGAUCGUAUGGAAUGUAGACAGUGGGGGGCACAUCUUCCUCAUGUUGCUGGGAUCUGUGGUCAGUCUGAUUAUGGUGCACAAUCUGUGGCACUAUCUGGAGGAUACGAGGAUGAUGAGGAUCAUGGAGAGUGGUUCUUAUACACAGGGAGUGGUGGAAGAGACUUGAGUGGAAACAAAAGGACAAACAAGACACAAUCAUUUGAUCAGAAGUUUGAUAAAUCUAAUGAAGCUUUGCGGGUUAGUUGCAAAAAAGGCUACCCUGUACGUGUUGUGAGGUCACACAAGGAAAAGCGUUCUGCUUAUGCACCUGAGAAAGGAGUGCGGUAUGAUGGAAUUUACAGGAUUGAGAAAUGCUGGAGGAAACCUGGAAUUCAAGGAUACAAGGUAUGCCGGUAUCUAUUUGUUCGUUGUGAUAAUGAUCCUGCUCCAUGGACAAGUGAUGAAAUUGGGGAUCGUCCAAGGCCUUUGCCCAUCAUUAAGGAGCUUAAGGAUGCAACUGAUGUAACAGAGAGAAAGAGCUCUCCUUCUUGGGAUUAUGAUGAGGAGAAAGCUUGUUGGUUGUGGAAAAUCCCUCCACCUGGAAGUAGAAAACAUGCAGAGAGUAGAGAUGUUGAGGUUGGCACAAACAUAAAGAAAGUGCGCCGGAAGACACAAAUGAUGUCUGUGAGUGAACGACUCCUGAAAGUAUUUUCUAUUGCAGAGUUCUGUUGCCUUAUCUGCCAUAAAGUGAUGAAUCUCCCUCUUACUACCCCCUGUGCACACAAUUUCUGCAAGUCAUGUUUGCAAGAUACUUUUGCUGGCCAAACUUUCAUAAAGGAGAGGACAUGUGAAGGUAGACGUACAUUAAGGGCGCAGAAGAAUAUCAUGAAAUGUCCAUCGUGUUCAAACGACAUUUCUGAAUACCUGCAGAAUCCACAGGUGAAUAGAGAAUUGAUGAGUGUGAUUGAAUCACUUCAGAGGCAGACCAAAGAAAUGGAGGAAAAUGUAGUUUCGGAAGAAGAAAUGGAGGAAACAGCAGUUUUGGGAGAAGAAAUGUCGAAAACAGAGAACAGUGGUGAUGCUAUAGAGGAAGAGAAAGACAAGGAGCCUGAGGCUGUGGCUGAGGUAAAAGAAUUGAGUUCUGAGGCUGAUGGCAAAGUUGAGAAGCCGAAAGCUGAGGUCCAAGAUGAGAUUAUGGAGGCAGUUGCUGUAGGCGAAGUCAUAUAUGAUGAAGCUGUUAAUAAAAGCAAAGCCAUUGCAAAACCUUCCCCUAAUGGCAAACCUCUUAAAAACAAGAAAAGGAAAGCGGGUGUUACAGUUAACGCACCUAACAAGAAACUACACGAGGAGACUGCUAUCUUGAUGAAUGAAGAUGCUAAUCCUACCGGCAAUGACAUCAAGGCUGCGAGUCUGAAGACUGAACCGAGUGAAUGUAAAGAUAAAAAGGUCGGUGAAGUGGGAAAGGAAGGCAAGAAGACUUCAAAGCAGAAGAAAGAUGGUGAUGUGAAAUGCUCGUCACCUACAGGUGCAGGAGCCAGGACCAGAAGCAAGAAGACUUAGCAAGAGGAUGGUGGCGAUGACUACCAAUUCUUUUUGCACUUUUUUGAAGUGUUGCAGAUAGAUAGUGGCAAUUUUGGAAAUUUAUGCCAUAUUUGACUCUGAUUGUGAUCUUAUGAUAUGUUUUGGAUGCCUAUGGUAUUAGGUCACAUUUGCAAUGCCAUUUUGCUAACAAUCAUGAAAGUUAUGAUUACAUAUUGGUUCAAACCAUCC